AUGGGCGGAACGGCAAAGGUGGCUCGCCCCGCCAAGCGGGCGGAGUUGACGGUCCGAGGUCUCGAGGACUCGAUCUCCGCUCGCGAAGUGGCGGAGGCCGUUGCCGUGGCUGGGGGCUGCAGCCCCACGGCCGUUGAGACGGGCCCCAUCAAGAGGGGCCCGGACGGACUGGGCCGUGUCUGGGUCCGGUGCCCGGCUACCGCGGCAUCCAAAGUCGCGGGGCAGGCCCGGAUCCAGAUUGGAUGGACGCGGGUCGGGGUAGCGCUGCUGGAGCCGCGCCCCCUCCAGUGCUUUAAAUGUCUGGAGGUGGGACAUGUGAGGCAGCGGUGCCCCAACCAGGAGGAUCGGAGUAACCGGUGUUACCGGUGCGCGAACACUGGCCACCGAGCACGGGACUGCACCGCGGCGGCUCCCCGUUGCCCGCUUUGUGCGGACUUGGGGAGGCCCGCGGAGCACCGCCUCGGUGGGGCGGCAUGCGCCCGCAGCAAGAAGGGCGGGCGCAAGAAGAAGGGCGGGGGGGCUGCGGCGGGGGCGACGGGGACAACUACGGUCCCCUCCGCGACCGCGCGGCCCGCAUCCCCGAUGCAGGUGGAGGAGGGGACGGACGGUGCCAAAAGGUCGGGGGGUACUCCCGUGGAGCCCCCCAAGGAGCAACGUCCGCCCAAGCGCCUCCGCAAAGAGGCGGCGACAGAGGAGAGGGGACUCCCGUCCCCCUCCCAAGCAAGCGGUGGACCGGCGGCGGGGGCGCCUCCCCCGGCCACCGAGUCAACAGGUGGUGGCCCGGAAGUUGCUGGGGGAUUGGCCCCCCCGGUAACGGAGCCAACAGAGCGGUCGGUGGAGGGGACGGGGACGCCUUCCCCCUCCACUGCGACAGAGGUAGCCGGGCCGUUGGCGGUUCCGGCGGUUGAGGUGGUUGACCUGGAGGAGGUCGCAAUGGCCAAUACGUAAUGACCCAGCGACUCCUCCAGGC